AUGUCGAGUUCAAACAAAAGCUUUAGUUCGACGCGCCGAAAUUCGAAAAGUCCCAGUCGAACUCUUCAAAAGCCUGUGCACACAUUGUCAGAUGAAGAAUUGCGGGCUAAUUUAAUCGCACUUGGCGUAAACGUGGGGCCAAUAACUGCUACAACUCGUACCAUCUAUGAAAAACAGCUAGCGAAAAAACUCCAAAAGAACAAGUCUUCAGGAAUUCUUAGUAACUCAUCGAAUGAUCUCACAAAUGUUUACGAUAAACGCAAAUUCCCGACGCCACCUCGUCCGACCAUGGUUCCUCGAUCUUCAUAUCCUGCUUCUUCUUCUUCUUACACACCAAAAUCUACGAACCGCCACAAUAAUAUUUUGGAAGGAACUUAUUUAGCUUCAAGUUACCGAGGGGCACGACGUCGGUUGGAUUUUAAAGAUAGUCAAGAAGAGUUGAAUAUUUUGAGAAGAAAUAUGGUUGGUGACCGUGACAGUGACAGUGAUGAUGAUCAUAUGGAAAGUUCACGCAUAGUUACAGCGAACCCAGCCCUAAUACCUGGCACACAGAAGCCGUUUUCAAUACUCUCAGCAUUGAACAAGUAUCUCAAGAUGUGGACAUCGUUCAUUCUUCCACGCAAAUCUUUCCGAAAAUCAUCGAAAUCUUCCCAUUCAUUUCAUGACAAAUAUCCAUAUUCUUUUCGAGAAACUGCACCAACACGUAGCGCUAUAUUGGGCUUUGACAUAUCACGAGUACUACUAUUCUCUCUCGUGUCUCUGUUUUGUUUUUUGCUUAUUGCUUAUCUGGCGACUGCAAAUUCGGGUGCUUUGAUUCACGGCGGUCGUAUUGCCUAUAAUGCUGCAAAGGAUACAGUGUUUUUCUUGUAUACAUAUGCGAUUCUCCCGUUACUUACAGUGGUUGUAGUAUGUGGAAUGGUGGUUGGUAUUUACAUGUUACGACUCUAUCAGACAAAGAAGAAAGCCGAAGAUAAACGACUUACCUUCGACCUCAUUGAGAAAAUUAUUGACAUUAUUCGUGAUGCGAAUGAGCAGGGUCAAAUUUAUGUUGCCGAGCCUCAUGUGCGAGAUAUGCUUCUUCCACCAUCUAAGAGAAUGCGUAAUAGUCCGGAGUGGCGCCGAUGGCAGGAAGCGGUUGAAUUUAUCAAUAUGAAUGAAUCACGAGUGAGUACGGAAACUCGAAUCAUCAAUGGUGUAGAGUGUUCUGUAUGGCGAUGGAUACCCGCAAAAAAGAAUGGUUGGCAGGGUAGUGCAUUUGAUGGAAGUAUGCGACACAAUAUGUUAGACCGGGCGCCAUCACAUUGUCUAAAGCUGCGCGGAAUGUUUUCUUCAGCGAAGAGUUAUGAAGCAAAAUAUAUGGAUCUGAAGGAAGCUUUGCUACAGAAAAUAGCCCCAGUUGAGCCGCUACAUGUUUAUAUGGAAAAGGAUUCUAAGGAAGGCGUGGUAUUUGCUCGUUUCGCGUCAUUAACCGAUUGCAGCUCUGCUUUUAAAUCAUUACACGGAACUUGGUUCAACGGUCAGUUGGUUUGGGCGAAGUUUCUCCGUGAUGAACGCUAUGAACAGCGUUUUCCUAAUGCACUACGCCAAUGA